CCCCAGGUCCGCCGGCCUCCCCACCCCUGACAGGCAGCAGAAGCAGAUGCAGCGGCAGCCAGCCAGCGUUGCUGCAUUGCCUUGUUGUUGGGAUCCCCUCCACGUUCCCGUCCCGUCCCGCCGGCCGGAGCACAUGGCAUGGCGCGCCAUUCAUUCAUAAGCCCUCGCCUCGGUUGACUCAUCACUCAACCACUGUACCUGUACCAUCCUCUGUGAUCUGCUGCCUCUCCGACCGACGCAACGCAACGUCGCUGCUCCUUCCUUCCCUUAUCGUCGACUGAGGCGGUGCUAGUAUAUAGUAGCUAGCUCUGUCGUGCCCGUCUUGUCUCAUCCUCAUGUGAGCAGCAGCAAGGCUGGCUGGCAUCGGCAAUGGGGAAGGCGGGGCGGUGGCUCAGGAGCAUCUUGGCGGGGAGGAAGGACAAGGCCAAGGCGCUGCAGCCGUAUCCGCAGCAGCAAGGCGACGCCACGCCGCUCCCGGCCGCCGCCGCCGCGAGCAGCCCCCGGGAGAAGAAGCGCUGGAGCUUCAGGCGGCCCGCGCAGCAGGGCAAGGUCAAUAGUAACACGGCGCCGUCCCCGCUGUCGUCGUCGCUGGAGCCGUCGGCGCGCGAGCUCGACCAGAGCGAGCACGCCGUGGCGGUGGCCGUGGCCGCGGCGGCGGCCGCCGACGCCGCCGUCAUGGCUGCCGCCGAGGCUGCUGCCGCGGUGGUCCGUCUGACGGUGACGGCUGCGGAGGACAGCCAUCUGUCCGUGACCUGCUGCCCCGUCGAGGCCGCCGCCGCCAGGAUCAUCCAGGCCACCUUCAGAGGCUAUCUGGCUCGGAAGGCGCUGUGCGCGCUGCGCGGGCUGGUGAAGCUGCAGGCGCUGGUCAGAGGCCAGCUGGUGCGGAGGCAGGCCACCGCCACGCUCCGCCGCAUGCAGGCCCUCGUCGACGCGCAGUCCCGCCUGCGCGCCCAGCGCGCGCGCAUGCUCGACGCAGACCACGCCACGGCGCCGCCGGCAGCCUACCAGCCACGCCGGUCACCGCAGCAUCCCAUUCCAAUUCCAAGGCGCCGCAGCUCCUACGAGGUGAUGGACCGGUCGUCGGGGGAGGAGCACGUGAAGAUCGUGGAGAUGGACGUCGGCGAGCCGGCGCGGCGCGGGCGGAGCAGCUGCUCAGCGGCGGCCACCGAGUCCAGGGAGCGGCGCCUCGCCGAGUACUACCACGGCGGAAGCGGCGGCGGCGGCGUUGGGCAGUGCUCGCCCGCGCCGUCGUCCGCGGCGUUCUUCGGCGCCGAGCUCAGCCCGCCGCGCACCUACAGCGGCCACUUCGACGACGUGUUCGCGUUCGACCCCGCGGCGACGGCGCGGAGCAGCCCGUACGUGGCCCCCUACGACGACGCCGCCGACGGGUACGGCGGCGUCGACGUCCCGAGCUACAUGGCCAACACCGAGUCGUCCCGCGCCAAGGCCCGGUCCCAGAGCGCGCCAAGGCAGCGCACCGACGCGGCGGCGCUGGAGCGGCAGCCCAGCAGCAGGCGCCGCGGCGGCCAGGGCGGCGGUGCGCCCAGGAAGAUGAUGCAGCGGUCGUCGUCGCACAUCGGCGUGCCGGCGGCGGCGGCCGCGUGCGGGUACGGCUACGGGUACGGCUACGGCUACCAGCAUGCGCAGCCAUGGGCGGGCGUGAGGCUGGACCGGUCCAGCGCGUCGGUGGUGGGCAGCGAGUGCGGGUCCACCAGCUCCGUGCUCACCGCCGCCACCGUCGGCUACUGCCGCUCGCUCGUCGGAUUCGAGCGGGGACACUACUGAAACAGCUGCGAAUUGAAGAAGCACCAUUGCGGCAAUACAGUACAGUGUAUGUAUGGACUAUGGAGGAGCGGUGGAUGGAAAUUAAAUGGAUCGGAAGAGUUUUGGUGUUUGCACUAUGCAAUGUUGUUGUACCAGUUCAUCUAUCUAUGCCUGAUGAGUGAUGAUGGUUCUUGUGAAAUAUUAUCUGCGUGCUGUUUCUUUUUUUAACUAGCCAGGCGAGAAGCGAGAUGUGUAAAUUCGAAAUGUUAACAGCAUGCGUCGUUAAUCGAGCUGCCUA